AUCUGCUAGGAAGCGGAUCGUCCACCCCGUUGACGACGAACGCAUUGCCACCAUUUCACGUGCGCAUUUUUUAAUUCCCAAAAUGGAAGUGAUGCUUUCAAAUGUGACGCUGUUGGAUGACAACAAUUCAACGGGAAAUAUCAGUUUUGUGCUGAACAAAGACGACGGCAAUCCGAUUCUAGCUUUAGUGUUAUUCUCCUUUUGUUUGGCCACCAUCCUGGGCAACGCCUUGGUCAUCGCCGCAGUGGCUCGAGAACGUUACCUGCACACGGUGACAAACUAUUUCAUCAUGUCGCUGGCCGUGGCCGAUUGCCUGGUCGGUUCCAUCGUCAUGCCCUUCAGCGCCGCAGUGGAAAUGCAAUCCGACCGACAAUGGCUUUUCGGCCGUGAUCUCUGUGAUGUUUGGCAUUCAUUCGACGUCCUGGCCAGCACCGCAUCAAUCCUCAAUCUUUGCGUCAUCUCCAUGGAUCGCUAUUGGGCAAUCACGGAUCCUUUCACUUAUCCAGGCCGGAUGACUCCCAAACGAGCUGCUUGUUUUAUUGCACUCGUUUGGGUUUGUUCCAGCCUCAUCAGUUUCCCGGCCAUCGCGUGGUGGAGAGCAGUGGCCGUCAUCGAAGACGGACCUGCCGUCGUGGAACACUGUGUGUUCACCGACGAUGUGGGAUACCUCGUUUUCUCUUCCACCGUCUCUUUCUACGGUCCGCUUUCCGUCAUGGUGUUCACCUAUUACCGCAUUUACCGGGCAGCUGUUGCCCAGUCGCGAUCGCUUCGACUGGGCAUCAAACAAGUGGCAAUGUCCUCAACAAGCGACUUGGCUAAAGGAGGAGUGGGGACAGCUGACACUAUGGAAUUAUUAACUUUGCGGAUCCAUCGCGGAGGACGUGUCGCAUCCGACAACCGACGAUGUGCAGCGGCCGCCGCCCUUUUAACUUAUCAAGCGGCAAGUCGUCAGUUGCCCAUCGCAAAAAUGAACUUGAGUCGAAAAUUAGCAAAAAUCGCCAAAGAACGCAAAGCAGCCAAAACGUUGGGCAUCGUGAUGGGCGUGUUCAUCGCUUGCUGGUUGCCUUUCUUCGUCACCAAUUUGCUAUCGGCUUUCUGUCAGUCGUGCAUCCACAAUCCGGAACGGGUCGUCACCGUCGUCACUUGGCUCGGAUGGAUCAAUUCCGGAAUGAACCCCGUCAUCUACGCGUGCUGGUCACGGGACUUCAGAAGGGCAUUUGCGAGAAUCCUGUGCGGAUGCUGUCCCCGUUUGUUUCACCGCUGGAAGAGGCACAGCGGUAAAUCCGGUAGCAACAGCACGAUUAACCAGCAACACAACAAUGUGAGCGGAGGUGGAACGGGCACGUCCAUUUCGAACGCAUCAAAUCGUCCGCUGUCUCACGCCAGUUUCGGAAUGGCCACACCCAGUGCUUCACAGCUCAGCCCGAUGAUAGGCAGUCCUAGUUUUACGUCGCUGUGUCACACAUCGGCCUCUUUUCCCGCGUGAUCCCGCCUUUCAUCAUUUUUAUUAUUUUUGAUUUUUAAUUGAUUUUUUUUGUAUUGUCGAUUCGUUUCAUUUCCGCUCUUUUGGGUUGUUGUUGCAAGGAUGAAUCGAUCUCUAUACACAUUUCGUGCGCAAAAACAUGUCAAUACAACCAGCCGCUGAAACGCA